CUCUUGUGGGGUUGCUUGGUUUUGCCGCACUACACACACACACACACACGACUGCCUGACCUGACUGCGCCAACCAACAAACCAGACCGAACCGAGCCAAGCCAGACCAGAUAUCCGGUGCUGCCACACACACGCCACACACGCCACACACACACGGCACAACCUGGAUCCACGUCUGCAUUCCUGCCUACGUUCCCAACCAACCCACAACACACACACACACACACACACAACUCUCAAACACAAGCCUGCCCCCUCCCAUCUUCGUCCAGAUAGAUUCCUUUGCGGGCGUGAAGAGGGCGGCAAGCCGUGUUUUGCUGACGCCGCGUUCGCAGAAGGAACGGCGUCCACCAUCACGGCUCCUCUUCGACACCUCACGUCUUCCUCUGGAGGCAGCGGUGCUGCACCACAACAACAACAACAACAACACCCGAGCUGCGCCGACAGUUUGACAACACCUAGGAUACCACAGCCAACACCAACAACAACAACAACAACAACAACAACUACUACUACUACGACAACACCACCAACGACUGCACCCGCCGCCACACGUUGUGAACAGCAUGCUCCAAGCGAUGGACGGGUAUUCGCACACCACCACCGCCAGCAACGACGGCGCGACAACCGUCGCCUCGUCGGCCUUUGCUGAUCCCCACCAGGCUUCCUCCACCCGCGCCUUCUUCGCCAGUACUGCGAGCACCAGCUCAAACACAAGCAGCAGCAGCAUCAACACCGCCGCCGUCGACAGCCACGCGCGCGUCAACACCAACAACGCCAGCUACGUGCCAACGCAGCAGCAGCAGCAGCAGCAGCAGCAGCAGCACUACCACUACACGCGUUCAGCCUACCAACAGCAACACCCGCUGCGCCAGCCACGCCGCAGCUUCCCCGACUCGUCCUCGCACACGUCCGCGUACCUCGACCUGGCCACGGACACAGACAGCCACCCCUUUUUCCACCAGCUGACACCAACGGCAACGGCAUAUUCGUCGUACCAUGCAGAGGCAGCGUCCUCCGGCCAAUCACGGGGCGAAUUCGACGAUGAGAACUUCCAGCGCUUUGUGGCGGACCUCGUCGACGACAGCGACUAUCCAAACACCCCAAAGCAGCUCUCCCACCCCUCCAGCGCCACAAGCAACGGGCAGCCUUCGACGGAGCCGCACUCGCCACGCAAAGACACCGGGUGGGCGAGCCAUGUCGAUGCGCUCGCACCAACGCCCUUUGUCACGUCCUCCCACUCUGUCUGGGCACCCGGCUCCACCAACGACACACCGCUCACCGCCAGCCAGGCCAACGACCCUGCUCGCAUGGCAUUCGAGGGUCAUCCCUUGCCAAAGGAUGACAUUGCGUCGCAGUUGAACCAGCUCACCCUUGAUCCGCUUCCCAAGCUUGAAUUCGGAAUCGGCCGGCCGCAAACGUCUGCGCCGCUGUCGCAUGACGGCAUUGCGACGCUGGACCGCGCACAGCACUCGCGCACAGCCGACAUUGCGCUGCUGGACUCGUACCAGCGCGAACGCGCCGUGCAUGCACCACACCAGCAACAGCAGCAGCAACAGCAGCCGCCACAGCUGCACCGCCGCCUGUCGCCGCAUGAGCACUAUCGCCUCAAGCAGCAGCAGCGCCAGCAGCAGCACAAGCAACAGCAGCAGCUGCAACAACUGCAAGAGCAGCGCGCCACGUCAACCUACUACACGUACAACCAGCAGGGACAGGUUAACGCGACCAACAACGCCAACGCCAACGCCAACGCAGGCCUUCCCCCGCUUCGCCGCACCCGCAGCGCAGGCAUGGACGUGCCACCGCCCACCUCCCCCCACCGCGCCACGAGCCUCGCUGGCCUGCACGGCAUCAGCCCAAGCCUGAACGACCUGUCGCCCCACGCGCUCUCUGGUGGCUACUCGGCCCUCUCCUCGGCACGCGACACGGCCGUUCCCAGCACUGGCACAACACCGCCAGGCACCGACGACCAUCGCCUGGCUGUGCUCGAGCACCUUCUCCAGCCGAACGUGGCGAUUGAGCUUGGCGUUGCGAUGGACGCCGACGGCUUUUUCCGCGUCAGCGACGUCGCUGCUGCCAGCAAGCAGUGGAAGGACGUGGAUGUGGCGACACUCGCCCUCAAGUCGCGCUGCAUCCAGCUCGACACCACCAUGUCCCGGAUCAGGCUGAAUGUGCGGGACCACCACAACCAGCACCAGCAACAGCAGCAGGCUGUCUCGCCCGUGGUUGAUCACCGCUCUCCCUCGCGCCCCGCCACUGCUCCACACGACGCCCACAUGAACGCCCGCGCGCACCUGCGCUCGACGCAUGAACCAGCCUUCCACGCCCCUCAGCAGCAGCAGCAGCAGCAGCAGCAGCAGCAGCAUCAAGUGAAUGUGGCGCCAGCGGACAUGACGGUGCCCAGCGGCCAGAUGGCGUACGCGUACACGAUGCCAGCACAGCCCGUGCACGCACACGCCCACGCCCACGCCCACGCGCAGGUGCCUGCGUCCACGGCGCAAUUCACCACCAUCAACGGUGUUCCCCAGCAGUUUGUGCCAUUCAACCCAAACGUGAUCAACGUCAUUCACAGCCAGGCGUCCCACCAGCCCCAGCUCUCGGCCCUGCAAGCCAUCCCCCAACAGCAACACCAGCCGUCGCAGCUUCAGCAACAGCAGCAGCAGCAGCAGGCAGUGCAGGUGCAAGUGCCCAUGCAGACUGCGCCUGUGAUGUCGCGCCACUUCUCCCACCAGCGGCUCGACACCAUGGCAGGCCAACGUGCCAUCCCUCCCAUGAACAAGCGUCACUCCAUGCCCGCUGGCGGCUACAUGCCCCAGGCAUACGGCGCCAUGGGCACCGCCGGCCACGCGUUGGUCGAGGAGGACGAGCGCGCUCUCCAGGACGCCGGUUGCCUGCAGGCAUCGAUGGCCGGGCGGCGGUCCUUCCAAGCACACGGCCCAGCCUCGCACCAGCACGCGGGCGGCAACGGCGGCAGCAUGCAGGGGCGCCCGCAGCACCGGCGCAAGGGGAAGAAGUGGUCGGAGUUGAUUGAAGAGCAGAACGUGCCCGAAUCCGAGCAUGACCUGUGGUACUUUAUGAAACUCAUUCGCCUCCACAAGUACACGCCAAAGUUCUACGGCAUGACCCUCGACCAAGUCAAGGCGCUCACGGAUGAAGACUUGACCAACAUGGGCAUGACAAAGGGUGCCCAAGGCAAGCUUCGUCUCGAGCUGUCGCUUCUGCCGCCAGAUGCAAAGACGUUCCCGCGCCGCCUCCGCCGCGACCGGUAUGAGAAGCUCAACAAGCAAAAGGCGGAGGCGAGUGCCGCUGCUGGGAACGACGGAACCGACGACACCAACACGCCCUCCUCCUCCUCCUCCUCGUGAAUGGGCACAGCAUAAGGACCUGUGCUGCGAGGCAGCAGGCGACACUGUCGUGUGCCUUGUUCAUGUGUUGUUUGCGUCUCAUGUGUGGGUGAGCGUGUGCGUUUGGUUAUGGUUUCGCUUGUGUUGAAGCGACGAACUACACACACCACACAUGCACAUGCGCACACGCACGUGCACACGCACAUGCACGCUACGCAUGCGUGUGUUUGUCUGCGCUCCCUUUGUUUGUCAUUUUGAUUUGUUCUUUUCGUUGUUUUGGCUGCAUGCAGCUGCGUUUCUAUCUUUCAUGUGUUUGUGAUGUGACCGGAACUGUCACCCGCCGUGGUGCAUUGCACGUGCGUGAAGUUUCGUGUUGUUUGUGUCAGCGACCGUCGUGGUGUUUCUUUUGUUGUUGUGUCGCCGCAUGCAUGUUGGUUGCAUGUGUGUCGUGCGACUUGGAAUGUGUUUGGCUGGUUGGAAGGGUUGGUCAUCACUCGUGCGUGCCAGUCGCGCCCCCAAAGUGGUUUGUUGAUGGUCGGCUUACGGCGUCAUAUGCUUAGUACCUUGCGCCAUGUGCAAGGUUGUGUGUGUAUGUGUGUGUGUGUGUGUGUGUGUGUGUGUGUGUGUGUGUGUGUGUGUGUGGUUUCUGCUCAUGUUACCUCCAACCUUCUUCUUGAUUGGUGACUGUGGGUGGUGCCCGUGGUUGUUGCCUGUGAUCUUGAUUGAAUCUUUGUGAAGCAC